AAUUACGUGAAUAAAAUUGAAAUAUUUAUUUUUGCAUAUGUAAAAAUUUGAAAAACUGUCGAUAUUCUUUUGAUUUCUAAUAACAAAAGUUGAUCUGGGUGACACCACUAGUUUAGAGGCUGUCAUUUAGUGGAAAAAUAAAAUCCCUUUUCUGUCUGUCCCAUCCAUUCAUUGACCCAAACAGUAACAGGGGCAGUCGAUUAUUAGACUAAUUUUUAAUCAUUUUAAUCAGUGUGAGUGUCUUGUAUUCAAAAUGUAUAUUAAAAUAAGAAUUUGAUCAAUACACUUGACUAGAGGAGUGUUCUACAGUAUUCACCAUUUCCACCAGUUGGUUGAGUAAAUAAAGAAACAACCAAAAUGGACUCAACCAACAUUGUUUGUCCAGUUUGUACCUUGUAUCUAAGGCCAGGAAUAACCUUAAAGCAACAUUUAUCCUCCCAUCCAAAGCAGAAGGUAAUAGAGGCCUUGGUAAAGUUAUCUGUGGGUGAAGAGUCACCUAAAGGUCAAAAUAUACCCACACAGCCAGAUUUAAGUGCUGCUGGCAGUUCUCAGGUUAACUCGGCUAUAGUGAACCAGUCAUGGAAUCAAGCACCUCCAGGUCACUUAGGGCCCACGCCCCACAUAACCCCACUACAUGGAAACCAUGUUUUUAUCUAUCAACAAAGUAUGAGCACAACUUCUCCUCAGCCAAAUGUUUUAAAUGUAAACCCGUUGUCACAGCAAUACGUUUAUCCCACCGUUUUCAACCCCCAAAUGAUGCCAUAUGUCUAUCAGCAACAGCAAGUAAUAAUGUCUAGUAAUUCGUUGCCUCCUCAUGUAAGGGCUUUACCUUUUGAUUUACCUAGUACAUCGCAAGCUAAUAUACCCGAAGAAUCGGUCGAGAAUGGAAGUGAAAAUAAUAUUACACAAAGUAGAAUAGAGGAAAUCCAGGAGAAUACAGGGGAUUCGAGACAUGAAGAAAUUGUCAAGGAUACUUUCAGUGGAACACCUACAGAACCCACAACUGUUAAGAAGCAAGAAGACAUGGAUAUAGUCAGUCAUGAUGUGAAAACUAUGGAAGAUUUUGAAAACGAACAGUUAAUGGUGAACGAAAUACCAUCGGAAGAGUACGGUGGUAAUGAAAACAAUGCGGAUUAUGAACACGAACAAGUGGAUCACGAAGAGUGUAUUGGUUCCCCACAUUCUCAGACUACCACUCAUUCUGACUGGGCAUUUCACUCCGAUUUGAACAAGGCUUGCCAAACCCAGAAUACCAGUAACACUUCACCUCGUUCACAUACAUUAGAAGAUGAAGAAGCAAAUUUAGAUAAUCAAGAAAACAAUGAAGAUCAGCCCGAAUACUUUUAUAUCCACCAACAGAACCAGGAAUUUGUAAAAACUCAAGAGUAUACCGAACAGAAUGUUAUACCGUAUACAACGGUUAAACUAAAUACGGAAAGUUACGAACAGUCAGAACCAAUUUAUACUUCUGCAAACAUCCUGCACGGUGGGGACCAUUUAGAUUUUGUUAACAUGGAAGAUAUCGUUAUCAUAAAUGAUUUCUCUUCAAAUCAGGUUAUUUCUCAAGUUGAAAAUUUUGAGAACACCUCACCAGACAGACCAGGAGUUUUAAUGACUAUAGGAGAUAUCACCGAGCAGCCAAAAAAUGAUUUCAUUGAGCAGAGUCACCUGGAGGAGAGUAUGUCAAGAGAGAGCUCUCACGUUAACAUAAGAUCUGAUGAAAGGAUGCCAGCAAGAGGCGAAUUGUCUGGUCAGGAGAGUAUAGGGGGUGCUAGUGACAUAACUUGGAAUCGUAUGCAGUACCAAGAAGGUAGUUCGGGGAUGUCACACUCUUAUGAUUUAAUCGGAAGGGAGACUUGGGAGGCAUCCGAUAGUGACAGUGUAGAAGUGCCAGCAAUCCAGAGGAGACAUCCAGCACAAGGGGAGUAUCAAAAUCAUAUGGAGUAUAACGACAAUGAAAAUGACACUCCUACGAUCGUUAGUUAUUCUGGACCACCGCUUAAUUUUAAAUGCCCCACAUGUCAGGAAGGUUUUGCAUCGUCAAAAGAAAGAAAGGAGCAUGAGAUCGAGAAACAUCCAGAAAAAAUAAAUAGAAGCAAUUUCAUUGGAGGCGAUAUUGCUUCCAAGGUAAAGAAGGUGAAAAAACUUAUAGUAAAGUUAAAAUCAGAUAAGACUGAGACCGACAACAAUUAUGAUAACGUUUUUACUAACAAAUUGAAAUUAGAGAAUAAUGUCGAACAAAAUGAAACUCCACCUGUCGAAACUGAUAUUAAACAAGACGAGCCCAAUUUAGAAGUUAAGGACUUGAAGAUAAUGUGUCCAAUUUGUGACUGUGUGGUAGAAAAUGCAAAGGCUUUAAAACUGCAUAAAAUGGAAGUCCACAAGGAAAAUGCCAGCGUACGACACAAAUGCCUUACAUGCGGGGAGGCUUUUCCUAACGAAUAUAAAUAUACGGAUCACCUUAAAGUACACCCACUAGAAUGCAGGUUAUGCGGCAAACUGUUUUAUAGAAGACAAAAUAUUCAGUUGCAUAUGAAGAGACAUCUGGGACUUAAGCCAUACAAAUGCGAAAUUUGUCAAAAAUCUUUCGUAACGAGACAAAAACAUGAUGAACAUAAAAACAUUCACACUGGUGAAGCUCCCAUCAAAUGCAACUUGUGCGAGGAAACAUUUAGAAGACACUCGAACUUAGUACAACACCGUAACAGACACCAUUUUCAGCUCAAGAAAAAGGUUAAAGAUUAUAUAUGUCAGUGUGGAGAAAUCUUUCACUCUAAAAAAAAAUUAGCAUGGCACAAGGAAAUCCAUGACUCUAAGCCUAAGGCGUGCACUCAGUGCAGUGAGAAAUUCGUUCAUAUGUCGAGUUUAACGAGACAUAUGCGCCGUGCUCAUAAUGAGAAGUUUCUCCCACAAGUAGAGAGGGAUAAUGAAAAUGUUCAAUGCCCCAUUUGCAAAGGUACUUAUCUCCGAUCUUCCCUGGAAGUACAUAUUCGUAAGCACAGCGGACAGAGGCCUUUCACUUGCUUAAUAUGCAAUAAGGAUUUCACGACUAAAUGGAACCUUAAAUUGCAUAAGUGGACGCAUGCCAGUCGUACGUCCAAACCCUUCAAGUGCGAUCAGUGCAAGGGUGCCUUCAUUAGAGAGUCCGACUACAUCGCGCACAUGAACUCUCACAAAAGCGUACGACCGUAUACGUGUAACUACUGCGGUGCUCAGUUCAUCAGGAAGUACAACUGCAUAAGGCACGUUAAGGAACACGAGAAUAACAAGACAUUCGUUUGUCAGGUUUGCGGGAAGUCUUUUCACAGGUCAUAUUACUUAAAGGAUCAUAUGCUUGUACAUAGCGGCAUUCGACCUUAUUCCUGUCAUAUUUGUGGGAAAACUUCCACGACUAAGUCUAAUCACAAUAAACAUGUACAAAUUCAUCAUGCUAGGGAACCAGUUAGUACAGAAAAUUAGAUAGACAGAUUUUCAGCUGCUAAAAUGGGAGUAAAGGAAAUAAGAGUAUUUUUUAAUUAUAUUAGAAUUGUUUUAAACAUUUUAACUAGUUCUGUUGUGCCCCUAUAAAAAAUAUUUUAUCUAAAAUUGAGACGCUUGCAAGUGGUAUUUUAUUCACAAAAUUGAACAUGGGACAGACAAAAAUUAUUUUAUUUUAUUUUUAUUGAUAUCAACUUGUAAGAUUUUUUUUUGUUUGAUUUUAGAAGUACCUAUUUUUUUUAAUAUUUCUUCAAAUAGCAGUUUUAUAAUCUUUAUUUGAAUAGUUGAGUACUACUUCAAGUCUAUCACUUUUAGUGGAGUGCGAUUUAUAAAAAGUAAUCGAUCUGUUAUUUAAACGAUUCGACAAGUUGUUAAAAAUAUUUUUUUAAAUGAUUUGAGUAAAUUAAGUAUAGAAGCUGAAACUGUGAUUGUUUCAAAUUGAAACCACCACCAUUAUUUUAAUAUUCAUAUAGAAAUGUUAGGUAAUAAAAGUGUAUUUUUUACGUUUCAUUGUAGUGAAAUAAUUUUUAUUUUGUAAUGAUUUAUUUGGUGUCUACAUAGUAUGAAGUUCGUUAUUUCAAAGGUUUGUUGAAUUCUUAUUUUAGUAACAUUGAAUUUUACAUUUUAUUUAGUACGUACUAUUUUCUUUUUUUUUUAAUAAAGACUGUAUUUUUAUUCUGCAAUUUUUAAAUGAUUACUACUUUAACAUAAAGAAGGGUAACACCUUAUUGUUAUUUAGUUAUAUACGUUGUGGACGUAUAUAAUAUUUCCAUUUGUGUAAAUAAUAAAUUAAUUUUACAUUUUAAA